CUUCACAAAAAUAUAAUAGACUUUAUCUUUGUUUGUUAGCCUUCCGUUGCUGCACGUAUUGAGAUCUAUAUCUAAAAUAUAUUACUUGUCUGGGUUCUAGAGAUCAUGCGUUUUCAUGUUUGUUUUCUUUUGGAAGCUGGCGUCUACUUUAUUGGUAAACUUUUUUUUUUUAAGUAUAUACCUUUUGACAAUAUUUUAAUGGACUUUAUCAUGGGUCUCGUGAUUUUGUGGUUCUUAUCCUCUUUUUCUCUCUCGUUUCCCUUUUCCGGGUUGGGGUUUUCCAGAUUUUAUCUUCUCGUAUCAUCAUUCACACAUUUAAUAAUAUUAUGUGUAUAUCAUUUAGGGUAAUCUUGAUAGAUGCUUUGAGUUUUUGUCAUUGAUUUUGCGUCCGGUAUUGUGGUUGUGAACUUGGAUGAUUUUUGGUUAUUUGAUCCUUUUGUUUGCUGUUAAAGAUGGAAGUGCAAAAUCCUGAACAUGAGAAUAUAAUUGAGAUAUGUGGAGAUGUGCCAGUUGUAGAAAAUAACUUUGGUGGGAGUAAGAUUUGUGGGGGUGCAGCUUGUGGUUUCUCGGAUUCUAAAACCAGUUCUAAGGAUGCAAAAGAACGUUCAGCAUCCAUGAGGAAACUUGUGACGGCAGUUGUACUUUGCAUCAUAUUUAUGAGUGUAGAAGUUGUUGGAGGUAUUGAAGCCAAUAGUCUUGCAAUUUUGACCGAUGCAGCUCAUUUAUUGUCAGACGUUGCAGCUUUUGCAAUCUCUUUGUUCUCACUGUGGGCAUCAGGAUGGGAAGCGACUCCACGCCAGUCAUAUGGUUUCUUCAGGAUUGAAAUACUAGGGGCAUUAGUUUCCAUUCAGAUGAUAUGGCUUCUUGCUGGGAUUCUUGUUUAUGAAGCCAUUGCUAGAAUUAUCCACAAUACAGGUGAAGUUCAGGGCUUUCUCAUGUUUAUUGUUUCCGCUUUUGGUUUAGUUGUUAAUGUUGUUAUGGCUCUCUUGUUGGGUCACGAUCAUAGUCACGGCCAUGGUCAUGAUCAUGGACAUGAUGGUCAUGAUAAUAGCCAUGAGGGCACUGAUAAUAUCCGCAGCCAUGGAGUAAGCAUCAGCACUCAUCAUCGCCAUCACCAUCAUGAGGGGGAUUCCAAUCACGAGGACCACCAUCAUGAUCACAAGGAUCAUGCUGAGCCUCUGCUGAAUACUCAUUCUGAAGGCGAGAAUGAAUCAAAAGGUAUUAAACAACAGAAGCAACGGAAUUUAAAUAUUCAGGGAGCUUAUCUCCAUGUGCUAGGGGAUUCCAUCCAGAGUAUAGGGGUGAUGAUUGGUGGGGCAAUUAUAUGGUAUAAACCUGAGUGGAAGAUAAUCGAUUUGAUAUGCACUCUCAUAUUUUCUUUGAUUGUGCUGGGAACAACCAUCCAGAUGCUGCGGAACAUUUUGGAGGUUCUGAUGGAGAGUACACCCAGAGAGAUUGAUGCAACAAGAAUUGAAAAAGGUCUGUGUGAGAUGGAAGAGGUGGUGGCAAUCCAUGAACUGCACAUAUGGGCAAUUACAGUUGGGAAAGUGUUGUUAGCAUGCCAUGUCAAAAUCAAGCGCGAUGCUGAUGCUGACAUGGUGCUAGACAAGGUGAUAGAUUAUAUCAGGAGGAAAUAUAAUAUCAGUCAUGUAACUAUCCAGAUAGAGAGAGAGUAGGUCUCAAGUGGGGAGGUGCCUGGGGGACAGUGUGCUGGGUGUUGUAGUCGGGUGGAGGUUGUGGUUCUUUCAAACCUAUCAAUUCUUUAUGGUAAAAAUAUCAUUCCAUCUGGUCA